UUCUAAAUGUAAUAAUUCUUAUUAAAAUCCGAUAUUUACUGAAAUUUCGUUAUAAACAAUACAUUCUGUAGUUUAAUGUCUUAUUUAUGUUCAACCAUUCUAAUUCAAUAAGGGCUACAAACUAUUUCAUUUAUUUGCCAAAGUUUCUUUGUUUGAGAAGGCCUGAUUUUAAAAAUGAAUACUUUGAGUGCUAAAUUUAAGGAUUUUUUCCUGAAUCUGAAGACUGAUGCUGUGCCGCGGCCCCCGAGGAAUCGGCGAGUAGAACAGGAUGACAAUGAAAACAAUGAAGGAGAGGAAAACAAUGAAAACUACGACCCUAAUAAUGAAGAACCCGAAGUUAUUGUCAUUGAGGAACCGGACGAUGAUUUGAAGAAAGAGAAAAAUAAGAAAUCGAAACCUAAGAAACACUUUUUCAAAGAGGAAACUAAAAAAGGAAAACCCCAUAAACAGGAGAAAAGGAAAAGUGACUGCAUAGUAAACACACAAGCAACUGGUCAUGUGAUUAACAUAGUGAACUCCAAUGAUGUCCGUUGGGGAGAUGACUAUUAUAUGGGCUCAGCAAAACCACCCACUAAGAAGAACAUGGACCCUGAAGAGGAGGAGGUGGAGAAGUGUAAUCUUAUCACUUUGCUCAUGGAGUCUAAGCAAAAACCCAUACAACAUGAGUACUUGGACCAGAUAUCGGGCAAUCUAGGCAGGAAUUGGUACAGUCUGUUCAUAUCGCUGGGCUUCCUGAGAGGGAAGAUUGAGACCAUGGAGAUCAAUACACGCGAUUACGGGGUCACGGAGGCGCGCUACAAAUUGCUGCUAGAUUGGACAAACAACGACGAGGAUGGCACGCUCGGAGGCUUGACAAAGAAGCUCUGGGACCACGGAGAUCGAGCGCUCGUCAAGCAACUCGCCAUCGUGUACAACAAAAAUAGGAACAAGUAACGAUCUAAUAAUAAUAAUAAGUAGUCCUUUUAGGGAUUGGCAUGCUAGUGAUUGAAAAAGAUCUAGUAUUAAUAUCCAGUAUUCAGAAUUGAUAAAGUAAACUGUUUGCAGGCUUCUGUUAAUUGAGAUUACCGCGUUCUGGUUUACAUUCUGUUAUAAAUCAAAGGUAUUUUAACCGACUUCAUCAGAAUUAUUUGUGGAUUUAUUGUUUUAGUCUAUCAUUCUUAAUCAAAAAAUGCCCGGUUUCAUGUUUUAUUUGUUUACUCUAUCUAUUUCUGAAUGCCACUAGAUACACUGAGGACAUAUCAUUGCGCAUACGUUGCGUCUAGUUUCAGCGUAGUUGGUCUUUUACACUAUGCAGACUUAUGAUUAGUAGUCUAAUGUACUAAAGACAAACAAAGUUAGAUCAAUGGCAUUUAAAAUUACUUGUGUGAACACAUAUUUGCAGAGGUUUUACGUCCACUUUUCUAAAAAUACUUAAUCGAUAGAUUAUCUGUUCUGUUUACUCGUAUCCCAGUAAACUUAAAGGAGUUAAAGAUACCCAUCGCAACUGACGACCUUGCAAGAAGUAGGUACAGUCGGCAAAACUAUUAGCUUAGCACACCUGCAUACAUAUUUGUAUGCAGAGAUGCUAAUAAUAAUAACUUUGCUGACUGUCCAUGCCAAUAUGUGUAUUGUUGUUAGCGUUAGAUGUAAAGGCCUUAAUUAAAUAAGACACUUUACAAAAUGUUGUUUUAAACUUAAUGGCAAUGCUGCUUUGUUUUUAUAUCAGUUUUACAUAUCAUGUAUAUAUUUUUUAUUAACUACUUAAGGUAAGCACUUUCUGUGAUUUUUCUACUUGAAUUUUAGAUUUUGAAUGAAUUAUAGUAUUUUAUCUAUUUGUAAAAGUGAUUAAAUCAUGAUUCUGAGAUUAUGUUGUACUUAAUUGUGAUAAAAAUACAAAAUAGUCAAUUUAACAUUAAAAGGUGCUAUUGAUAAUUAUUUGCUUUUAAUCAUAGCCACUUACUUUAGAAUUUCAUGUAUUGACAUUGUUAUAAAUAUAGCUCUAGUCAUUGAGGGACAAAUUCUAAUUUAACAAAAAUAUAAACAAAACUACGCUGGUACAAAAGUGCCCUGCUUUAGCUAUUUUUAUGUGGGACCAUAGAUAAAAAAAGUUAAUAAUCAAGGUAAUUAAUUAAAAAAAGUUAAUACACAAAACAUCACAUCUUUUAUACAAUUAAAUUAUAUACUUUAUUA